AUGGAGACGAUAAAAGAACCAGCAACAUCGUUGAUGAAACCUCUCGAAAUUCAAUUUACUGCAUCACUCGACACCUUAAAAAAUGCUUCGAGCAAUAUUCCAGAUGUGACGAUUAAAAGACAAGCAUUAGGCGCUUCAUCAGAAAUGCACGUCUUAUAUCAUAAAUCAUGCAAAUGUUUCCUUCCCUUAUUCACGGUCGAGAAAAUUGUGAAAUGGUUCAACUCACAUGGAAUUUGA